AUGAAUGUCACCAGUAACGGAUAUUACUCUUCACAAUAUUUAAGUGAGCAACAAAGAAAACAACCUCGUUACCAUUACAACUAUGCCCUGAACCUACCACCAUCCCCUAAAGAAUUUAUCGUUGAAGUGGAUGAAGAUGAUCCUGCUCCAUAUAUGCCUCCAAUGGAAUUUCUACCACUGCAAAGACAAGCAUUCAUGAAUAAUGUCAGACCCAAGACCCCUAAAUCGCAAUCAGAGUCUAUGAUCUCACCUCCGGGUAGUGCUCAUCGUAGCACAUCCUCGUUACCAAUUGAGUACGAUGAUUUGGAACCGGACAACCAACUUGAAGAAACCAUAACUCCAGCGCAAUUGAAUUAUCUCCAAGAACAAAACCAUUAUGUGCCGUAUCAGCCAGAGCCAAGACAACCUUAUCAGCCGCAACAGUAUUACCCUCCCAAACAAAAAUACCCGAAAAAUAAAAACAAUGACUAUUAUAUUCGUCAGAAAAAGAGAUACGACAAAGCUCAGGUCGUCAAACCUAAAUUGUACUCACAUAAAACCUUCCACGAUGUUUUUGAAGACAAAACAGAAAAAUUGGAUAGGUAUAAUCCUAUGGAUCUUGUUUUUGAAGGCAAAGACACCAAAGACAAACUGACUUUUUUAGAGAAGAUGCAGACUAAAUUAACUAAAGAAAAGUAUGAUGAUUAUAAUUAUUACGACCAUAGACCGAAAAAGAGUCCAGUCAAAGAAGAAAUUUUUGUUGAUAACCAAAGCGAUGACGACGAAGAGAACACUCCAGAGGAAGUCGAAGUAGAGGAAGUAGUCACUGUUGGAGAGGGCAAAGAUAAAGAAACCAAAGUCAUAAAGAAGAAAGUACCUUUGAAAAAACUAAUGAAGAAAAAGUUCAAUCAAGCAAAGAAGGAAUUGGGAAGAGAUUUUGUGGAUUAUUCCCGAAGACAAAAAGAGAUCAAUGAAAAAAUCAAGGAGUCAAAACUUCAAUUGAAGAAGAAAAGGGAAUUGGAAAGAGCAGCAGAGAAAGAAAAGUUACGUAAGGAACAGAAGGAAAAGGCUUCUGGUGAAGCUAAGGCUGAGGAAAAGACAUCUGAUGAUAAAAAGGACGACAAAAAGGAAGAAGAAGAAAAGAAACCAGAUGGAGAAGGCGAAGAAAAGAAAGUUGAAAAGGCAACAGAAGAAACUAAUGCUGGUUGGUGGCCAUAUCUUGCUUCAUGGUUGUAUUACCCGGAGGAGGAAGAAGAAAAGAAGGAAGACGAGAAGAAAGAGGAAGAUAAGGAUAAAGAUGAUUCCAAAAAGGAAGAUGAUGAUAAGGAUAAAGAGAAAGACAAAGAGAAGAAGGACGACACCAAAUCUGUGAAGAAGGUAGUCUACCCGCCUACCCCAUUUGAAAAAAACAUGAAAAAAUUAAAAGUGUUUUCAAAGAAUUCCAAAGUGGUGUUUGACAAUUGGAACCAACCAGCAACUAAAAUGUUUUAUCGUGAAUUACUAAAUGAGCCUAGGCUGCUGAAUGCACUGGUAAUAUCAAAGAAGAAGUCAGAACAACCACUGAAUGCACUGGUAAUGUCAAAGAAAAAUACAGAACCACUGAAUGCACUGGUAGUGUCAAAGAAAAAGUCAGAAGCACUGAUCCAUCCUUCCAAUAAAUCGGUUAUAAAAGUAGUAGAAGAGAAUGGUAACCCCAUGGAAUUCAUUAUUGAAUGCAGUGAUAGUGAAGCUGAAUCCCAAUUAACCCAAGAAAUGUAUUACAACCCUGUGACGAAACAAUUGGAAACAAGUCCUCCAACUUCAUCAUCAUCAAUGAUAUCUGGAGAAGAAGAGAAAGAUGAAGUCGAACCUGAGGUCACCACUCAUGGAUUGCAGUUCGAUCCAAAUGCCCCUGUAGUAGUCAUAUCAACUUGGAUGGAUUUGAUUAAACGAGUACAAAUAAUGAAAAUGAUUUUUGCUCCCAUUGAUAUUAUUGGAGAAUUCAUACCUGGUCUACAGGGUUUGGUCGUGGUUAUUGAAUUACUUUUGUUUAUUUGGAUAUUAUACGAGUUGAGUAGAUUGGUGAACGCGAUAUGUAUGAUGAUUACCGCUGUGUGUGCACCAAUGAUAGCGGUCGGGAAGUUUAUGAAUAGGAUUGUUUGA